AUGUCUCCAUCGCCCAAAACGCUCAUCUACUCGCGCGUCGGUGACCUGGAGAUCAAGAUUGACGUUUAUGUCCCAGAAACGACGGGCGAGGCGCCGAUUGUCCUCUGGUAUCAUGGUGGCGGCCUCACCAGUGGUUCGCGUGAUGAUGACCUGCUACCCACCUGGCUCCUCGACGCUUCCCUUGCGCGCAGGUGGAUUUUCGUCUCCGCCGACUACCGCCUUCUGGUCCCCUGCACAGGGCACGACGAGUUAGACGACAUUCGCGCGCUCUCCUCGUUCCUCAGCUCGGACGUCUUCCGCGCCGCGCUCCCUGCGGGCCUCACCCCCUCCGGCGCGACACUCGUAUCCGGCGGCUCCGCAGGCUCUUACAUGGCGCUCCAAUACGCGCUUCACGCCUCGCCCAAACCGAAAGCCGUCCUCAACCUCUUCGGUAUGGUCGACCUCCUCGCGCCACACCAACUCCUCGGCCGCUCGGGCGGUAUCCGGUUCUUCGGCGGCUUCCGCGCUUCCUUCCCCGGGCUCGACUCGCUCCUCGCGAACGCGACGCCGUGCGCAGAGUCCGCCGUGCGCGCACCCUCCUUCACCUGCGCGGACGGCCGACACCAUCUCACGAUGCACAAGACCCAGAACGGGCUCGCCACGGACUACCUCACGGGCCGUCCGGGCUUUGGUCGCGCACUGGCGCAGCUCCCGACGCUCGACGCGCGUGUCGCCGCGCUGGACGACCGCGACCGCGUAUUGUUCCCGCUCAUACGCGCGCAUGAGCUCCCGCCGACGAUUUCGGUGCACGGCACGGAAGACUCCGCGGUGCCCCUGAGCGACAGCGAACAUUUGAAGAAGCUGUUAGAUGAGGCUGGGAUCAAGAACGAGUUGAUUCCGGUGCCGGGUGCGGAGCACGGACUACUGACGAUCGACCUUAAGGCGGAGGCGGAUGGGGUGCCUGAGGCAUAUGCACGAUCGCUGGACUUCCUUGAGAGCUGUCUCUGA